AUGGAGGACCUCGCCAAAUUUCAGCAUUUUUCCCUGGUCCAAAAAAUUAUGAAAGAGUUAAACAACAACAUUGGCAUGGGCGAGGAACUGGUCGCCGAAUUCAUCAUUGACCUCGCGGACAAGCACCCAAAGUUUGACGAUUUCAGUCAGGCCAUCAAAGACACCGGCGCCGACUUUACCGACCAGUUUACAGCCACUCUUUACAAAUUAAUCUCUAAGAUGCGCUUCAAAAAGCCGCCGACGAGUGCAUCGGAAGCCCCGCGUGCGAGCGACAGCAUGACAAGAGAUGUCAAGAUAGAGCCAGAUACAGCCAACGGGGGAGAUUCUGGGCAGGAUAAGUAA